AUGGCAUCCGACGCUGAUUCCGUCCCGCAGUCGAAUGGGAGUGGCGCCCCUCGCUCAAAUGGUUCAACUGGAGUUGCUUCCCAGAGGACAGUGUUGCCCAGCGGUGUAACCAACGGGACGCACAAGUCUGCUGCUUUAACCGCCAAUGGAUCGACGGCAAACGGAGACAAACCCGCGACAGCACCCGCGCGACCUGCAUCAUAUUUCGGACACAACAGAGAGGAGGUGACUCGGAUUUUGAUUCAGGCAUUGUCUGAUAUGGGAUAUCAAACAGCAGCUGAGAGUGUGAGCCAGGAAAGCGGCUUUAAACUAGAAAAUCCUACAGUAUCGGCCUUUCGGUCUGCUGUGUUGGAAGGCUCCUGGUCCGAAGCCGAAGAUCUACUAACAGGAGCUACUGUAGCAGGACAAGACGACAAUAACGGCGAGGUAGGCAAUGGACUCGUGCUAGCACCAGGCUCGGACCGAGCUGUCAUGAGAUUUGGAAUGCGGCAACAGAAAUUCCUCGAACUGUUGGAAACCAGAGAUACGACUCGAGCCCUUCACGUAUUGCGUGCAGAGUUGACACCGCUCCACCAAGACACCAUCAAGUUACACUUCCUUUCCAGCCUCUUGAUGUGCCUGUCAACUGAGGACUUGAUGGCAAAGGCAAACUGGGACGGAGCCCGAGGAGAGUCACGCAAGAGACUGCUGUCGGAGCUUUCAAGAUGUAUAUCACCUUCGGUUAUGCUCCCUGAGAACCGUCUUGCAGUUCUGCUCCACCAGGUCAAGCAGAGCCAAAUCAACUCAUGUCUUUUCCAUACUGCUGCCUCAUCUCCUUCACUGUACUCAGACCAUCUUUGUGAUCGACGAGUAUUUCCGAGGGAUAUCGUGCUGGAGCUGACCGAAAUGAGAGGCGAAGUCUGGGAAGUGCAAUUUUCUCAUGACGGAUCUCUGCUUGCGGCCUGUGGAUCUGGUGACAGUGUUAUCAUAUGGGAGACUGAAUCAUUCCGAGUUGUGAAUGCACUCACUAUACAGCUCCAGAAAGAUCACCAUUCCGGUGUAGCAAGUAUUUCAUGGAGCCCAGAUGACACAAAGAUGGUGACGUGCUCACAAGACAACUUUGCCCGAUUAUGGGACGCAAAGACUGGCUCAUUGAUCAAGAAACUAAAGAGGUUUGACGAACCAGUUAGCGGCUGUGUCUGGGCUAGUGACGGCAAAUCGUUUGUCCUCGGCACAUUAGACAACAAACGCAGCCUAUGUACAUUUAACAGUGAGGGCGAGGAGUUGGUCCAAUGGAACAAGAAGCAUCGUGUGCAAACCUUGGCGGGCUCACCUGACGGACAAUGGCUUGUAGCAGCGGACAACUUUAGCAACAUGUACGUCUACAACGGCAUCACUCGAGAGUUGGAGUAUGAAUUAGAUUUGGGAGCCCGACCAAUAUCUCUGGCAAUUAGCCAGGACUCACGACAGCUGCUUGUCAACAAAGAGGAUAGCGAAGCACAGCUUGUCGACUUGAUAACGAGAACGACGGUGCAGAAAUUCCUUGGGCACGCAACGGACCGGUGCGUCAUUCGAGCAACGUUUGGAGGUGCUAAUGAGAGCUUUGCAAUGAGCGGCAGUGAAGACGGCAAAGUGGUCAUCUGGCAUAAAAACAUUGGGGCCGCCGUCGAGAGGCUCUCCAGUUACUCUCCCAAGCGAUGCAACUGCGUGGUUUGGAAUCCAACUGACCCAUAUAUGCUGGCAUCCUGCAACGAUGACGGAAUCGUCAGAAUAUGGGCAAAUCGCACCAGAGGCUCGGAAAUCCGGUCGAGAAUACCUGGGCUAACAGGAUGGAAGCACCCGGUUGAUCCUCUGCCGUACUCUUAG